AUGAUAUCUAACCCAUCCAAUUUCAAUCCAUGCUCAGAUAACGCAUUCAAAACAAGAGAUGAUGUUAUGCGCUCAUUUACUGAAUCAUUUGAACCAUUACUUCCUGCAUUUUCCGAUGGGGGUGCAAGAGUAAGCUUAGAAGAAAGUGGUGCUCAUUUUCCAAUGGCGGCUGCCCACUUUGAAGGUUUUGCUAGGGCUUUAUGGGGAAUAGUGCCAUAUGUUGUUGGUGGUGGUGACUUUAAACACUGGGAUUUGUUUAGAAAGGGGUUUAUCAAUGGAACAGACCCAAAUCACGAAGAAUAUUGGGGAGAAGUUGUCGAUUGUGACCAAAAGAUGGUUGAAUUAGCUGCUGUUGGGUAUGCAUUGGUAUAUGUCCCAGAGCAUGUUUGGGAACCAUUACCAGAAGAGACCAAAAAAAAUCUUACCGAUUAUCUUCUCAAGGCCAGAAAACGUGAAUUCCGUCGUUGUAAUUGGAAAUUCUUCAGAGUGUUAAUUGACUUAGGUUUAGAUAGUGUUGGAGUUUUAUAUGACAGAAAAUUAACGGAAAAUCAUUUAGAAGAGUUAGACGAAAUGUACAUUGGGGACGGUUGGUAUGGAGAUGGUGAUAAAGCCAGUAUUGAUUACUACAACCCCUUCGCUUUACAUUUAUAUGGAUUAAUUUAUUACUUGGUAAGAAAAGACACUGAUCCAGAAAGAAGUCAAAGAUUUAAAGAUAGAGCCCUUCAUUUUGCAAAGCAAUAUCUCCAUUGGUUCGCUGAUGAUGGAGCUUCUAUUCCUUAUGGUAGAUCUAUGACAUACAGAUAUGCUGUCAUUUCUUUCUGGGGUAUUUUGCCAUUAAUAACUCAGUCGGACGAAGAGCCUGUUAUUCCUUGGGGUGUUUUGAAGGGUGUUUAUUUAAGAAACUUGAGAUGGUGGUCCAGGCAACCAGUCUCCAGAUUUAGGACCAACACCCUUUCUGUCGGGUUUGCAUAUCCUAAUCAAUUUAUGUGUGAGGCAUAUAAUUCACCACAAUCCCCAUACUGGGCUUUUAAGGCAUACAUCGCGUUAAUGGUUCCAGAGAAUCAUCCAUUUUGGGCUGCAAAAGAAGAACCAUUGGUUUUGGAAGAUGCUGCAUUAAAGGUUCCAGGUAUGCUUGUUUCACAUACCCCGGGUAACACCGUUGCAUUAAUAAGUGGCCCCUAUAAAACUUUCAACUUAAGAUAUCAAGCUGAAAAAUACAACAAGUUUGCCUACAGUACAAGGUAUGGUUUCUGUGUUGAAAAUAAUCCACGAGGAUUCAAGUUUGGCACUCUCGAUAAUAUGAUUGGUUUUAGUUUUUCAGGAAAUGAUUUCUAUGUUAGGCAAACCAAUAAGGCCUGGAUUUUUGACGGUGGAUUAUAUUCAGAAUGGUCACCUAUAACAGGAAUCCAUGUCAAGACAUGGAUUAUUCAAAAGGGUAACUCUCACAUCAGAGUACAUCAUAUCGAGAACAAGACUUCACAAACAGUUGAUUCGAUAGAAGGAGGUUUUGCUGUACCCUCGAUGAACGAACAGGGUAUUAAAACUGCUACUCAUCCUGGAUCUUCUGCAGUAGGGGAAGUAACAACAACUGAAGAUAUCAGCUUACUUGUCAACUUAUUGGAUGACAGAAAACCAAGGGUUACAGAACCAGAUCCAAAUGCUAGUUUGAUGGCGUCAAAGGUAAUUUUACCUCAAUUGACUGGAUCAAUCGAUGCCAAUUCAUCGGCCAAGUUUGCUUGUGCUGUUUAUGGUCAACCUGCAGCCGUAUCCUUCUCUAAAGAAAACUGGUUGCAAAGUUUGAAUAUCCCAAGUGAAGACGAAUUAAAAGGCUUUUCAUCAAAGGCAGUGAGAGUUGCUUGUAACGAUGUUUGA